AUGUCAGCAAACGUUUCGAAAGCGUUGCAGCGGUGGGAUCAGAACGUUGGGGAUACUGCAGACCUGACGUGCGAGCGUGAAAUGCGUGUUGAGGCAAUGCGUCGGCAAUCUCUGAAUCUCGGUAAUGUAAAGACCGACCGACGCCACACUAAUGCGCCGAUGGCGUUGAAAAGAAGGUCUCAGAGAGUUCUCAUAGCUAGGCAGGUACCCGGACAUUCGGAGGCAGAUACUGUAUGCAGUCUUGUGCCAAUGAGCGAAAGCGAUAAACAAAGCGAGAACCAGUCCAAUGGUGCAAUUUCCUUAAACGAAUUUGACGGCAGCAGCGAUGGACACCAAGCGAAGCAAAUAGGCAUUUCCGACAUUUGUGAUUGCUUGACAGCUGCAGUCACGAGUCGUGAGUGGCCGUUGGCAGGCUGA